AUGGAUGCCACCUACAUGGACAGCUUGAAGGCGUUUGUCGACCGUCAACAGGAGAUCUUCAAUAAUGGCAUCAAUGCAGGGAAGUUUCAGCCUUGGGUAUUUCCCCGGGACUUCGUCUCUAUUCCCAUCAUUGUCAUUGCUUUGCUCAUCAAAUGGCCGCGUGAUGGCCCUAUCAAAUACCUGAAACAUCUACUUUAUUUCUACUCCCUCUAUUCGAACAUAUAUGCCAUCUUCCACUGUCGGUCCCUUGCAAUUUUGGGCGGCUACGGCAUUGGAUUGAUCUUCUCAUGGUUUAGCAUAUGGAGUGCUGCCUUGUUAUUGUUUAAUGAUGUGCAAGAGAACUACAAGAGAAUUGAAAGGUCAUUUGAACCCCUUGAGGCCGAGAGGCAGGAUUUGCCCAACGGAAAGAACGAGAACCAUAUGGGUUCAGUCAGGCUGAGAUCCCCCCAGAACCAGCGCACUUCGACUCUGGAAUUAUCGAGUGACGGAAAAAUUGGCUAUAACCCCAAGGUGGUGCGGCGGUUCAGAUGGCAGGGCUAUCCAGAAUCACUGGGCCAUCGUUUUGCUUGGGUCUUUGACCUUCUCAUCAGCCAGAGGGGACCCCAUUGGAACUGGAGGGCAAAGGACUUUCCAGCUUUGCCUAAGAAUAUUCAACUUCAGCUUGAUCAUGGCGAGCGUGCAAAGCCUAGUGACGACUUGCUCUGGGAAGAAGAUACCAGGGCCCAUCUGAAGGCCUCCUUCUGUAGGAUGCUGGUAUAUUACCUUUGCCUUGACUUCCUGAAAGUCAUCGUGAUAGGAGAUCCGUACUUCCUAGGCUAUCUCGACAGUCCGCCCCCUUCGUUCUUCGAUUUUUGUGGAAUCCUGGCUCCGAUAGUAGCUCACAUCUAUCGUCUUAUCCUAACUACUGCGGCCGUUUUCUUUUCCGUAGUAUUCCCAGCAUCAUUAAUUACGACGAUCUUCCUCGCUAUCUCCCUAACACCGCUUCGAUUCUGGACUAGAAUACCAUUUGAGGCUUCAUUUCUUUACCCACCCUACUUUGGGAACAUCCUGACCUCCACCCUCGACGGUGGCCUAAUAGGUCUAUGGGGAACAUGCUGGCACAAGCAAUUCCGGGCUGGAUUUUUGGCUCCCGGUAACUGGAUCAAGCCUGUCUCUGUGUCUACGCCAACUGGUGGGGAACAGCGGUCAUCGAUGUUCUGGUGUCUUCAUGUCAUUAUCUCCUUUACUCUGAGUGGAAUUGUGCAUGCCGCGGGGAGUUAUACGCAAGUCACGCCAACGAACCCGUCCGGGCAAUUCCUAUUCUUUAUCAGUCAAAUGUUCCGCAAUGGUUGA